AUGAAUAAUUUGAAAAAGAAUGAUAAAGAAGUUUUGGAAGAAUUUGCUAAUUUGUUCCCAAUUUUAUUAAAUGAAAUUAAAAAGGAAUUGGAAAAGAUUGAUUUUCCAAAAGAAUCAAUCCACUGGAUUGAAACCGUGAUAAAAGCAAAUUCAACAGGUGGAAAAAUGAAUAGAGGAAUUAGUGUACUUGAAUCAUUGGAAUCAUUAAAUGAAGGUAGAGCUCUAACAAGACAUGAAAUUUUCCAAGCCCAAACAUUGGGUUGGUGUGUUGAAAUAUUUCAAGCAUGCUAUUUGGUCUCUGAUGAUAUAAUGGAUCAGUCACUAAAAAGAAGGGGUAAACCAUGUUGGUAUAAACAAAAGAGACCAAACUCUGAUCAAGAAGUUGGUUUAGCUGCAAUUAAUGAUUCCUUUAUAAUUGAAUCAUGUGUUUUUAUUUUACUUGAAAAAUACUUUAAAAAUGAAUCCUACUAUUUAAAUAUUGUAGAAUUAUUCCAUAAAACCGGAUUUCAAACUCAAUUAGGUCAAUUAUUAGAUUUAACAACUCAACCAAUUAGAGGUGAUUUCUCAUCAAUUAAUUUAAAAAAUCAUACUAGAAUUACUGAAUAUAAAACAGCAUAUUAUUCAUUUUUUUUUCCAGUUGCACUAGCAAUGUUAAUGUCCAAAAUAAACCAUGAACAAGCAUUUACAACAGCAAAAGAUAUUUUAUUACCAAUGGGUGUAUAUUUUCAAGUUCAAGAUGAUUUCUUAGAUUGUUAUGGUUCACCAGAAGUAUUUGGUAAAAUCGGUAGAGAUAUUGAAGAGAAUAAAUGUUCAUGGAUGAUUUGUCAAGCAAUUCUCAAUGGUACUCCAGACCAAAUCAAUUUAUUAAAAAAACAUUAUGGUUUCGAUAAUCCAACUGAUGUUGAAAUUGUAAAAAAGAUUUAUAAAGAAAUUAAUCUUGAAAAAAUUUUCAAAGAUUAUGAAAAUACAAGUUACAAUUUUUUAAUAGAUAAAAUUAAAACCACUUGUAUUUAUUUACCUCCAAGCGUAUUUUUAAAAAUAUUAUCAAAAAUUUAUAAAAGAGAUAAAUAA